AUGGUCGUCAACGCAAAGGCAACUGGGUCAUCCCAGCCCGACAACAGAUUCGGAAGCCGAGCCGAGCAGGAAGCAAGAUACGAAAGGUUGAAGUCAGGUCUUUCUCAACACAACGGAUCGGCACAAACCGACGAUCACUUCGUACGUGCCGCCUUGGAAGUGCUCCUCUCGUCGGAAUUGGUCAAGUUGAGACCCGACGAUACAGCCGGUAUUUUCACGAAGGAUGAAGCCAGGCGCGCAAUCUAUCGAAUCGGGAGGCUGCACCAAGAGUAUCAGUGGCUGACCUAUCGCACCGACCCAAAGAAAGCUGCCUGGCUCUGGACGUGGAGAGCUGUGAAGCACUUAUGGCUUGAGGGCAUGGGGACGUUCGCGUCAGACAAGGAGGCAGCGUUCUUUCGAACGGGAUGGGUGGCCUUGACUCUCAACGGCCUCGACGACACCAACGAAAUUCUCCAGUGGAGUAUGGUUCAGAAAAUAGUCUUCGAAUUUGCCGACUGCGCCUUCGUAAGCUUGUCUCCAGCACAGUCUGACGAAAUCGUUGAGAAGAAGGCAAUGUUGGAAGGCGAUGAGCAGCUGCUGCGGAAUCUCAUACACGGCGACCAGGAGCUGGAUUUUGAGGUAUACGAAGCGCUCCGACGAACAGCAGCACUAUACCGUGUGCUUGACGGCAGAGAUCCUUCCAUGGUCAAGCAGGACAACCGAACAGCCCGCAAGGCCGCUGGAUAUGAUCCUGCGGAGGAAAGCUCUACCGCAAAGUCCUAUCCGAUGAAGACUUUCACAUCGAUGAGGAGUGCAUGGGACUAUGCAUAUUACCCAUUCCCAGAGACUCGAGCCCUCGCUUGCGCAGCCGAUCAACUGAUCAAGCGUGAUAUGCGCGAGCCUGGUAUUCAAUCAGACGGUCUCCGAGCUUCGGAUCUGCACAACAUCCCGCGCGCUCACGUUCAGCCUAAAGCUUCCCUCAUUCUGGGCAAAAAGAUCCACGAGCGUCCAGUUCCACGACAAGUCCCCUCCAUAGCUCCACGAAAACUACAACGAAAGCCCGCCUUGUCGACAGGAAGAGAUUCGGCGAGCAAGCUCAGUGCCAGCUCGAGGUCACCACUGUCACCAAAGUUCGACGAGAAAUCACGCGUCAGCAAACCGUCUUCCCGACCACAACUGCCUACUACCAAACUGAGAGGUGGCGGCUAUGGUCCAGAACACUGGAUGAAUGCCAAGCAGUACUGGCCCAAGGAAAAGUUGGACGCCAUUCAAGACCUUGCAGACCUACUGCGCCUCCCAAUCUGGGAGCAGCGCCAAGCUGACUAUCUAGUCGGCGAUCUUCUGGUGAAAGCCAACUGGGAUGUCGACGAGGCUUUUGAGCUUUGGGAGGACAAGGGUGAGGGAAUCUCGACGAAUACUAUACGUGCUCCGAUCGUAGACCUCUCUUUUUCAACGGGAUAUGGUUCGGAGGAAAAGGAUCAGCUGCUACGACUUGCGGCUUUCGUGGAUAGCUCUGCAUAUGAGGACGACGACGAGUUUGAACAGGUACUUCUCCGCGCGCUGGAACGCAACGCCUGGAGGUGGGAAGACGCUCUAAGCGAUUUCUACGGAAGGUCUGAUGCUGCGGCGGCCGAUGAUCUCCCUCUGGAAGAUACUGGCUUGGAAACCCAGCUCUUCCUCGCAGGAGCGGAAGAUGACGACCAACACGGAUCUCCUGCACAAGACUCUAAUCAAGAGAACCAGCAGCCGAGGCGAAGCCCACGCCAAAGCCCCGUCGAUGCUGAGAAUCAACAACAAGACCCACCAUCCUUGUCUCACAGCAAUCAAGAGAACGAGCCGCCCGUCGAUGUGCCCGUGCGGCGCCAGACUCAACCUGAUCGACGAGCACUUCGCUCGAUUUCGCCACCUCCCGAAAACAUAAUUGAUUUGACUAAAGAGGACAAUAAUGAUCCUUUCUUCAGUGGCGCCGAUACCAUCUUACUCUCUCCAAAGAACAGGUCCAAUUGGCGAGCCGAGGAUCAAGGAAGCCCGACACUGGCUUUGUCCAGUAACCCGAAUCGACAUGUCAUGGGACCGGCGGUCCUCCCGGGACUGGAAGAUCAUGUCAGUGUUCUGGAAGACAACCCAAAUUCUCGCGAGUCGUCGUCCGGCCAGGGCAUGGCCGACCCCCUUCCUGCUGAAAGCGAGCAUCCGGGCCAGGAAUCGGUCGAAGCAUACGCUGGACACUGUCAUCGAUGUCCCUACUUCCCCGGAGAGUUCCACCACGUAUGUAACGGCCUUUGCAGUUCAUUGGACCUUAUAGCAGUGGACGGUCUGUGCGAGCACAUCCAGGACUUGCCGCCAGUCACAACGGAGGACGACGGACUUGCAGAGAUUCUCAUGCAGGGCUGCGACUCAAUCGCUGAACAAGUCAAGCUGCGGAAGAACGCAGGCCCCAGCUGGACCAACGCUAGAUUCCACGUGCAUCUGAGAAUGCUAAACGACGUUAGCUUCAGAUUGCUCAAACAUCGAAUCGGAACCAAAGACUUCCCGAACGGAGGAAUGAAAUUCACCGAAGCUUCGUGGCGGGAACGAUGUUCCUGGUCAAGCUUUCAGUACCCAAGCCCGAUGUUCGAGAAGCUAUUGCUCGAUAUCGGUAAGAGCGUAAGUAAGCUGCUGGACGAUGCCGAGAUAGACGUUGAUAAGCAGGAGAGAAAGCUCGCAGUACUCGUCAUGUUCAUGUUCUCAAGGUUCUACGGCAGAUCGCAGUUUUUCGGCGGCAGACGUGGAACAGGAGAGACCAUGCGUCCGCUCGGGAGAUACCACCAGCAUGCAGCACGGCUCCAGCGAAUCCUACGUCAGCUCGCAGGCCUCUUCCGCGAAUGCGAUGAGCUCAGUGGCAUCCCACGGAAUGCCCCGAGCCACUACUACUACCACGAAGCCAUGACAUUAGCCCAUGACGACUUACUAUUGGUUCGACGAGGACUUGGCGAGACCAUCACUGAGAAGGAGUGGGAAGACCCGCCGUUGUGGGAUCAGUACACCGGUCAUGAAGUUGAGGCAAAUGCCGACUUGUAUGCCGGUGCGCUGAGGGCGGCCACGUACCUGGAUCAGAUUCAGGAAUUCUUCGCCAAGGGCAGUGCGGAUGAUGGCGUCGACACCGAAGGUGUACAAAGGCUUCUGGCGGCAUUGAGGAGGGCGAUGUAUGUACCUGCGCCAGAGGAGGACGUCAACGAAGACACAUCAGCAGACCCAGCGCCUGCAGCGACGUCGGCAUCACCACGUCGUGAGAAGAGCCGUUCUCCAUCCGUUGUACGUAGGCCAUCACGACAUACGCCGCGUGGUAGCCCUGGUGGCAAGAGGAAGUCACCAGACGCAGUGCCGGCAACUACUGACGACCCUGCCGCCAAUAAAGACGCUCAGCCUCAUCAAGCAAGCGACAGAAGUCAGCAAGCCCAAAAAGCUCAGACAGCCCUGCCCGGCCUGAGUUUAGGGAUUACAAAGGCAGCGAAAGAGACCAAACCCACGCUCAUAGCGAAGCUACAGGCUGCCGACAAGGCUGACAAUACUGAGAAGCAGGCUCGUUUUGGGGACAUGCUGGUUCCUGAGAAGAAGAGUCCAACGAAGAAGAAGGGUAAGAAGGGUAAGAAGUAG